UUUUUUCGUUCAGCUUCAUCUGAUAGGAAGACGUCUCGCGUGUGCGCGCCCCACUCGUCGGACGUGAUAAUUCCGAAUUAAUUCGCACUAUUUGCAGUUCCGUUAGCAAGCGGCACGACGUCGUGUACGCUCAUCGCUUCUCUUAGCCGCCGUUGAUGGUGUUCCGUUGGCCGUUUAUACCUUGACUCAACGAACGUCUGCGACGUACGUCAUGGCCGAGGUGGCCAGGAGAAACGAAGCGCCUCCGGGCAACGGGGCUGGUAAUGUGGAACCAGCGCAAGGUGAACAGCCACAACCCCAACAAGGACGGUUCAAUAUGUUCUUUGGAGUUGUGAAAACGUUAAUUGUUAGAUCAUUAAUUAUCUAUUUCAUUACAUCAAUGUUUAAAAAGCCAUCCACUGUACCUCCUGAUGGCGUUACUCCAGUUGCUGAUUCCAUUCCAAACGUCAAUUUUUUUGAGUUUGGUACUAAAUUUGAUAUGUAUGUUUAUUUAUCAGAAGAUAGUCUUAAGAAUACAAUAGACGAUAAUGAACUUAUCUGGAAAAAAACAGAUUUAGAAUAUGGAGACUGGACUUCUGGACCUAAUAAUGAUGGUACUUACACUAUCCAAAAAUCUUUUGUUCCAUCGCCGCAUUUGCAAAAUAAUGGGUCAAUUUAUUUACAUGUAUAUUUCAUUAAAAAGACAAAUUCAAAUAUAAGUAAAAAUGACCCUUACGUUGUUCAUGCAUCCAAACAAUUAAAUAAGUUUAAAAAAGUUAAAUUCUUAAAAACUCAUAACUUACUUACUGGUGAAACAUCUGCGACUCCAGAACAAAUCGAAAAAGCUGAAAAAUUUGAGACUGAAAUAAUAUCACAUUGGCAUCCAAAUUUGACAAUUUGUUUAGUAACUGAUCAAACCAAUUGGACUAAAGGAUCUCUCCCUGAACCAUUUUCUGAAUAUCUAGAAUUCUUACCACACAAUCGAUAUAAACCAAUGGUAUUUUUCAAUGAUUUUUGGAAUAUGCUUAGAGACUAUCAACCAAUUAAUAAAACUGUGAACAAUUUGGAUUUAACACUAACAUUCCAACCAUUGUCAUUAUUUAAAUGGCAAAUGUAUUCGGCUCAGACUAUGCGAAACAAAUGGACUGCUGGAUUUUUAGGUGAUACUUUUGCAUCAGAUGCAAAUGAAGAUGAUCAAGAUCAAGAUUCAUUAAAAGAAGCAUUGUUAGAGACUUCUCCAUAUAUUUUGGCAGCUACAAUCAUUGUAUCAAUAUUACACAGUGUUUUUGAGUUAUUAGCUUUCAAAAAUGAUAUUCAAUUUUGGAAGGAACGUAAAUCUUUAGAAGGGUUAUCUGUACGCGCAGUAUUUUUUAACGUUUUUCAAUCUGUUGUUGUGUUAUUGUAUGUCCUUGAUAAUGAUACAAACACAAUUAUUCGCAUCAGUUGUUUUGUUGGGUUGGGUAUUGAAUGUUGGAAAAUCAAUAAGGUGUUAGACAUUAGUCUUGAUCGGCAAACACGGUAUUUAGGCAUUAUUCCAAAAUUGAUAUUUAAAGAAAAGGGGUCCUAUGCUGAAUCUAGCACAAAGGAAUAUGAUCGAUUGGCAUUUAAAUAUUUAUCAUGGGUUCUAUUUCCUCUCCUUGCUGCAUAUGCAAUUUAUUCACUUGUCUAUGAAGAACACAAAGGAUGGUAUUCUUGGGUACUUAAUAUGUUGUAUGGUUUUCUACUAAUGUUUGGUUUCAUUACAAUGACUCCACAAUUGUUCAUUAACUAUAAGCUCAAGUCAGUGGCACAUCUUCCUUGGAGAAUGAUGUCUUAUAAAUGUUUAAAUACAUUCAUUGAUGAUAUAUUUGCAUUUGUUAUUAAAAUGCCAACAAUGUACCGUUUGGGUUGUUUUAGAGAUGAUGUUGUAUUUUUCAUAUUUUUGUACCAAAGAUGGAUAUAUAGGGUAGAUCCAACUAGAGUAAAUGAAUUUGGAUAUGCUGCUGAGCCAGUUGAAGAACAGUCACAAGCUAUUGAAGAAAAACCUCAAUCAAUUGAAAAUGAGAAACCUGAAAAUGAUAAAAAGAAUGAUUAAUACAAUUUUCUCAAUCGACAUAUUUAAUAGUCACUAGAUGUAUUUUGUUUCAAUUUUUUUUUUUAAUAUUUAAUAUACCAAAACAAAAUAAAAAUAUAUAUAUUGA